AUGCAACUCACCGCAGCUGAACUCCAGAAGAGACACGAACUCGAAGGAGCUCCUGACCCGUUCCCCUCUCUUGGGGAGGCGGCAUCCAAGCCCAAACGUGUCGUUCAGGUCCCUACUGAUGCAGACUCGCAGGCGGAUUUCCCGACUCUCGCCACCUCCGCGCCUGCUGCUGCUGCACCUGGAAAGUCUGCCUGGGGUUCUGAUGCUGGCCCUCGCAUCAAGGCUACUGUCAAAUCCACACCACUCAUCACAGAUUAUUUCACGGUCACUCAAGCCGAGCUUCCCGCCAAGGAUGGUAAACAAACUUCGGUUGGUGAAGCCAUGAAGCAGGUCAUGGCAAAGUACAGGGUUAGAAUAGAGGCAUCGACAAAUCAGAGUCGGCAGACUACCUUUCACAUGAAGGGUGAGACUCAAAAGGACCUCGACAAGGCUAAGCGUCACUUGCUAGCUGCUUUGAGCCCUGUGGUUACUUUGAUUUUGAAUGCCCCCGCGUCUACUAUUGCAGCUAUAAUCGGGCCGAAGGGCGCGACUCUCAAGAAGGUUCGCGACGCUACAGGUGUCAAGGUUGACAUUCCUCCCAAGGACGGUACCCCCAACGGAAAUGCAAGCGAAACAAACGGAACUACUACCCCCCUCCCAGGCGACGAGGAAGAGGAGGUUAUGGUACCCGUCACUAUCAUCGGCCCGCGACCGCUUGCAUUGGAAGCUCAGGAAAUGCUCAAUGAGAUCAUCGCUUCUCGACCCUCGCAACGUACUCAAAAAGUUCGAGAUAUUCCGGCUCACAUUCUACCUUUCAUCCUUACUUGUCGCACCCACUUUAUGGAGGAAUCUCACGGUUAUCAUGUCGAUCUCGCUUUGAAUAAACCUGAGCGGGAGAUCACUGUCAGUGGAGAUCGCGAGGGCGUCGUUCGUGUCGCCGAGACCAUUAAAGCUACCAUCGAAGUGUUCAAGACAAGCAUAACCAACCUCAAGAUUUCUUUGCCCAAGCGCCAGCAUCGUCUCCUUACUGGUAAAGCGGUCGACGAUAUUUUGGCGCAGAGCAAAUGUGUGGUUGAAGUCGCUUCUCCGGAGGAUCCUAGCGACGAGGUCACAGUGUGGGGUUCGGCAGUUGAUCUUCCUACUGGUUUGGGUGCCGUUAUGACCAAGGCAAAUUCGCAAUUCAUCCACGAGUUCCCUCUACCUGGUCCCGUGGCGGUUUCAAAGCAACUUCUCACGUAUAUGGCACGGAUCGACUACGAGGUAACCUUGGCUAACGAUCAUCCUGAUGUCUCGGUCUUUACACCGUCUCCUGCCACCAUUGCCCAAGCAUCAGUUCUCAAUAUCGACAUCGUUGGCGAGAAAUCCGCGGUGGACGCGGUGAUUAAACAGAUCUCUCAGUUCAUUGGGAAAGUCUUCGGUGCGACGAGGGAAGUUUCGAUUGAUUGGCUCAUCCACCGCGUUAUCCAGGGUAAAAAUGCCAAGAAAUUGAAGCAAUUCCACGAGGCACACAAUGUCCAAGUCUUCUUCCCUCCGGAGUCCGGCGAGCAAUCCGAGGUCUUGUUGGUUUACGAUCCCCUUUCUCCCUCGGCGUCGCCCUCGCCCGUGGAGAAAGGCAAGCAUUUGGAUUAUGUUGUGGAAGAACUCCUCAAGAUGGCCAAGGAAUUUGCCGAUGUGAAAAGCCAGAAAAUCUCGGUCGAGAAGCGCUGGCACGAAACCGUCGUCGGUCAAGGAGGCACCACUUUGAAUGCCAUUAUUGGUGAAGACACAACGCUCUCUAUCAAGGUUGGCGCAGAAGUUGGCGACGCAUCUGAUGAGGAUGUCAUCCUUGUCCGAGGCGUCAGCAUCGACGUCGAUCGUGCCGUCAACGAGAUUCUCAAGGUCGUCGAAGAUGCCAAGAAUGAUGCCAUUGUCAGCAGCUAUUCCAUUGAAUUCGACAUUGAUCGAGAGUAUGUUGGCCGCGUCGUCGGCGCACAGGGUUCAGGUGUCAACAAACUUCGCGACUCUCUUGGUGUCAAGGUUGAUUUCUCGGACGAAGACGAGAAGGAAAAAGAGGCAGGCAAAAAGAAGAAGGUCACUCAUCAGAAAUCCAGGGUCAAGAUCACAGGUCGCAAGGAGAAUGCAGAAGAAGCCAAAAAACGGAUUUUAUCGCAAGUUGAGAGGCUCGCUGAUGAGACUUCUGAAGUCUUGAAAAUACCCAACCAGUAUCACGCCCAGCUCAUUGGUCAGAGUGGCAGGUAUGCUAUUCGGCUAGAGGAAAAUUAUGGUGUCAAGAUCACAUUCCCUCGUUCAUCCGGCGAGAACGGGGAGGGCAAGACCAGGGAGCAACUCAAACCUGAUGAGGUCCUCAUUAAGGGUGGCAAGAGGGGCGUUGCUAGCGCAAAGUCUGAAUUGCUUGACGCUCUGGAGUUUGAGAAGGAAAACAACAAGGUUCUCACAUUCGAUGUUCCCACUCGUUCUGUCUCUCGUAUCCUUGGCAAAGGUGGUGCCAGCAUCCUUGAGAUCAAGGAUGUCACCGGAGCUCAAAUUGAUGUCGAUAAAACCAACGACGGGAUCGGUUCUCUCACACAAAUUACAGUUCGUGGUACAAAGGACGCAAUUAAUGCCGCGAAGACCGCCAUCCUGGCUAUAGCCGAUCAAGUGGGCGAGGAAACCACGACAUCCCUGGUCAUUGAGCGCAAGUUCCACCGUAACAUCAUAGGUGCUGGUGGGCAGGGUUUGAAAGAUCUCAUCAGCAGGUGUGGUGGUCCGUCUGACACUAAACUCCAAGCUGGCCUUGUCCGUUUCCCUCGCCAAGAUGAAGCCUCUGACGAGGUUCGCCUCCGUGGAGAGCCCAAGUUGGUUAACAAGGUCAAAGAGGAACUCGAGAAAAUCGUGGCCACGUUACGUGACCGUGUUGUUUUGGCCGUGGAGGUCCCUGCGUCGCAGCACCGUAACUUGAUCGGCAGAGGUGGCCAACAUUUGAAUGAUCUUCAGAACCGCACUGGAGUUCAAGUACAGUUCCCUGGGUCACGCUCAUACAAUCAAUUUGGUGACCCCGAAAAUGCAAGUGAGAUGGCAGACGUUGAUCCGGCCAAUAUCGUCAAGAUUUCUGGUGCCCGCAAAGCCUGCGAGGCGGCGGUGGAAGAGCUCAAGACCAACGUGAAGCCUGCCGCUCCCGAGGUCAUGACGGCGAUUGUCUCAGUACCACUGAAGUAUCAUCACGCCAUUUCACAGCAGGGCCACUUCUUCCGUACUUUGCGCAACUUCGGGGUUUCCGUCGAGCAAUCUGGCAAACCUCAGAAGCCAGCAGUCCCUGCUGCUCCCCCUCAAAAUGACUCUACGACUGCCCGCAUUGAUGAUUCUGAGGAUACGCCAUCUAUCGAAAUCCACUGGCAGGUCGCCGAAAACUACUUGGAUGCUGAGGAAGGUGACUCGGAGUGGACUUUGAAGGGCAACGAUGCUGCUGGUCUGGAGCGGGCCCAGAGCCUUAUCCAGGAGGCUAUUGCGCAGGCUGCAGCCAUGACCUUGGGCUCAAAGGGGUCUAACGUCGCUCGCCUUCGAAACGAGACUGGAGCUGACAUUACAGUUGGCAGGGAAAACAGUACUAUAAUCAUUAUUGGGUCUGAAUCUGCUGUCGAAGCUGCCAAAGAAGCUAUCUUGAAGCAAACAUCUUCUGGCCGUCCUCCACGCCACUGA